CCGCCCGCCGCGGCGCCCCGGGCUGCCUUGCCCAUCCCAUCCCAGGACAUCCCAGCCCUGCCCAGCCCAGGACCUCCCAGCGUUGUGCUCUCCUGCAUGCGGGAGCCGCGUUGGCCCGCUCCGCCAGCAUGUCCGCCCGCUGCUGCGCCGGCCAGCUGGCCUGCUGCUGCGGUACUGCUGCUUGUUCCUUGUGCUGCAAGUGCUGCCCCAAGAUAAAGCAGUCAACCAGCACCCGCUUCAUGUACGCGCUUUACUUCAUCCUGGUGACCAUCAUCUGCUGUGUCAUGAUGUCCACAACAGUAGCUAACGAAAUGAAAACUCACAUUCCCUUCUACAAGCAGAUGUGCAAGGGUAUUCAGGCGGGUGAGAUGUGUGAGAAGCUGGUGGGAUACUCUGCAGUGUACAAAGUCUGUUUUGGAAUGGCCUGUUUCUUCUUUUUAUUCUUCUUGUUCACCAUCAAAAUUAACAACAGCAAAAGUUGCCGAGCAUACAUUCAUAAUGGAUUCUGGCUUAUCAAACUUAUAAUUCUGGCAGCAAUGUGCUCAGGAGCCUUCUUCAUUCCUGAUCAGGACACUUUCCUCAAUGCCUGGCGCUAUGUGGGAGCAACAGGAGGGUUCCUUUUCAUUGCCAUUCAGCUCAUCCUGCUGGUUGAGUUCGCACACAAGUGGAAUAAAAAUUGGACUGCCGGGGCAAACCACAAGCAGGUGUGGAACGGCCUGCUUGCCCUGGUGACUCUCACGCUGUACUCCAUUGCCGUGGCAGCCCUGGUGCUCAUGGCUCUGUUCUACACGCGCCCGGAGGGCUGCCUGCACAACAAGGUGCUGAUCGGGGUGAACGGCGGCCUGUGCCUCCUGGUGUCCCUGGUGGCCAUUUCGCCCUGCGUCCAGAACCGCCAGCCCCAUUCUGGCUUGCUGCAGUCAGGAGUCAUCAGCUGCUAUGUCAUGUACCUCACUUUCUCAGCACUAUCCAGCAAACCACCAGAAACAAUCCUGGAUGAAAACAACAGGAAUAUCACAAUCUGUGUACCUGAAUUCAGUCAAGGCCUGCACAGAGAUGAAAACCUGGUUACUGGCUUGGGUACUACGAUUCUGUUUGGCUGCAUUUUAUAUUCUUGUUUGACCUCAACAACACGUGCAAGCUCAGAGGCACUGAGAGGAAUAUAUGCGACAGCUGAAACUGAAGUAGCUCGUUGCUGCUUUUGCUGUGUACCUGACGGAGACGCUGAUGCUGAAGAGCAUGUUGAGAAAAGGGGAGGCCAGACUGUGGUUUAUGAUGAGAAGAAGGGCACAGUGUACAGUUAUGCCUACUUCCACUUUGUUUUCUUCCUGGCUUCUCUCUAUGUGAUGAUGACAGUAACUCAUUGGUUCCAUUAUGAAAGUGCUCAGAUUGAAAAAUUCUUCACUGGAACCUGGUCUAUCUUCUGGAUUAAGAUGGUCUCCUGCUGGGUUUGUGUCUGUCUCUACUUAUGGACUCUUAUUGCUCCACUCUGUUGCCCAACCAGAGAGUUCUCAGUGUGAACAGUCUAAAGGUCAUUUUAAGUUUUUCUCUUUUUGCUUUUUUUUCUCUUUUUUUUGGAAUGAGGAAACACCAAUUACCCACUUAUCAUAAUCUACCAGUUAUUAUGUUUUUAGUCAGACUAAACAAAUGAUUGAAGACUUUUUUUACCAUUUUUUAUUAUCAUGAACAAGCAUUGCCUAAGGGAACAAAUCUGUUUUGAAACUUUACAAUGCUUAUGUGUGAUGUGUAGAAUACACAGUUGUUGCAUAACCUGGAAUAAGUGAAGUACUCUUCAAAUAACUGGCAAUCUUUCUCUGGCUACAUUGACAAGAAAAGAAAUACUCAUGGUGCAGAUGGUAUCUUCUUACUUCCCAGGAAUGUUUGGUAUCUUCCAGCAAAUAUGCAUUAAUUCCGUUUUAUACUCUUUCAUUAACUGUUUCUUUUACAGUUUGCAGUGAUGAUUUGGACUGCUGUUUUGUACAGCAUAUAAUACUUGUAAGUAGUAUCCAGAUAAUUUUUUUUCCAAAACCAUAUCUAAGUACUUCUGUAGAAAUAAGAGAAUAUAUAAAAUUUGACUGCCAAAGCAUCUAAAAAUUGUUUAUCUAAGUAUUAAAUAUAUUAAGUUAUUUUAUACCUAGAUUGAGAAAGGAAUGUACCAAUGAUAGUAAAGUAUUUAUUCUAUUAUUACUUUAAAGGCACAUCGAUAUUUUAUGCAAUUCAGAUUUAGCCGAGUUAAUAACUGAAUGGGAGUUCUACACGCAAAUUCUCAAACUGAAUUUUGCCCAAUUUUGCUUUGCCAGGUCACUCAAAAGUUGAGUGUACUGCAUGGGGAUGUAAGAUAAGGUACAUUCUUUAUUUACAUCAUUUGCUGUUGAGAAAAUGAUAGUUAGGGAGCACUGCCCGUUGCUGUUA